UGUUUGAUAUUAUAGCUUAUAUUGUGAAAUUACCACCUUACCCUCCACUUAAAUAUUAAAUUUACAAACAUAUACCCUCAACUAUAAAAGAUGGAGAUAAUAGUUUUAGCGCCAAAUUUGGGAACUUGGGCGCGGGUUCUCACAAUAAAAAGAGAAACCCAUCGAUUCACAUCUACAAUUGCAGAUUUCAUUUACCAUUCCAAACAUAGGGCUCCCGAAAAAUUAGAACACCAACUCUUCAAGGGUGUUUGCUGAGUUCGAGUUUUUCAUUUUGAAAAAGUCUCAAUGUCUGCCUUCCAACAAGACUCGGCGAGCAAUGACGCAGGCCGCGUACAGCCCAAUAAAUCCGAAAAGACACGACGUUCAUGGUCACUAAGGGAGGAGGAACAGUUGAUUGCCGCAUUGAAGGAAAUAGUAGUUAAUGGAUGGAGAUCAGAUAAUGGCUUUAGAGCGGGUUACCUUGGGAAACUUGAAGAAGCCAUGAAGAUUGCAUUUCCAGGGACUGAUCUCAAGGGUAUCCCACAUAUUCACUCAAAAAUCUCCAUGUGGAAGAGGAACUAUUACUCAUUGUCACUGAUGUUGAGGGAUAGCGGUAUUGGCUUUAACGUCAACGGAAAGUUUAUGAUUGAUUGCACUCUCGAACAAUGGGAUGAUAUUGUAAAGGGUGAUCCUUCUGCACGUGGGAUGAAAAAAAAAAGGUUGGCCUCAUUUGGAAGAGUGGAAGGAGAUAUUUGGAAAGGAUCGAGCAACUGGGACAACAGCAGAAGAUGUUACUGAUGCAGUAGACGAAAUGAGGAACAUUGUUGAAGACGACGAGAAUGAUGGAGCGUAUGGUGAUUAUGUUCAUGUGUUUACUGCCGAUACAGAGACCGAGGGCCCCGCUGACAGUGUGUGUCAACCCGAGAAGGCAGAACGUGCUCCACGAGUCUCGGGUAAGAAGAUAAAAGCAAACGACGACGAUGAGAAAUGGUUCAAUCUGUUCAAAGAGAUGAGCAGCAACGCUAAUGCGAGGAUGGAUUGCAUAGCUUCGAAGCUUGGUUACAAGCAAGAUUUGGUGAAAGCUAGAAAGGAAGUGUUUGAUCAAAUCAAUAGCAUGCCUACCUUGACAAUGGUAGAUAAAUUUGAUGCGUAUCAAAUGUUGGCAGGUGACAAGCAGGGUCUCGAGCUCUUUAUGGGACUCCCCGUUGAGGCGAAACUACAGUAUGUCUUACACAUACUAAUGUCUAGGAAACUCUAGACAUGGGAAAUAUUGACAGCGGUUUAUUUUGGUGUGAUAUGCUGCUGCAAUAUUUGUAGUUAAGUUUUAGUAUUUUGUUUUGGUAAUAUAGCUUGUUGGGAAUCUAGUGGUCCGUAUUGGUUAAACCAAAUAUUUUGAUGCUAUCACUUUUAUAUAGUACUUGGAAAUUAUGUGUUCA